GGACUGAAAGUACAAUAACUAUUUGAGUCCACGUCGGUCAAUGAGUAUAGCGGCUGCUAUGCAGAUAGUUAAUGUUUGUGGUAUCAUAUAAUAAUAGUAAUGAAAAAAAUCAAUUUAAUAGUUGCCGUUUGUGAAAACGGUGGAAUCGGCAUAAAAGGUGAUUUGCCAUGGAUGUUAAAGAAAGAACUCAAAUAUUUCUCUAGGAUGACUAAAAAGGUUAAAAAUCCUUCUAAACGCAAUGCCGUUAUCAUGGGACGGAAAACAUAUUUUGGUGUUCCAGAAACGAAACGUCCUUUGCCGGGGCGACUGAAUAUUGUCUUAACUAGAAAUCCGAAUGCUCAUUCAUAUCCUAGUAACGUUGUUGCAUGCUGUAGUUUGCAAGAAGCAUUAAGCGAGAUUGACAAGUCCGAGGAAAUUGAGAAUGUCUGGAUUGUUGGAGGAUCUGCUGUUUACGAGGAGGCAAUGCAUUCGGACAGAUGUCAUCGCAUUUAUCUUACGGAAAUUAAAAAAAUAUUCGAGUGCGAUACGUUUUUUCCAGUAAUUCCAAGUACAUUUAAGGUGAUAGAAAAUGAUGACGAUGUGCCCUAUGAGGUCCAGGAAGAAGAAGGCUUGAUGUAUCAGUAUAAAAUUUACGAAAAAGUUGAAUAAUUCUAAAAACAUUCCUUUAAUACAUAUCAUUUUGAAUACUUAAGUUUGUAGAAUAUAUGUUUAUCUGAGA